AUGGAAAGUGUCGGAAUAACCGUGAUUCCUGUCGGAAUUCUGAUUGAUCCUCGAACAGGUAAAUCAAGUGCAUCACCGUCAGUUCAGCAUGAACUCAAUCAAAAUGGUUCAUUACCAGAACAUUGGGAAGCUCGAACUUUACCAGACGGUCGGGUAUACUAUAUUGAUCAUUUCAAUAAAAAAACAACUUGGACACAUCCACGCAUUGCUGAACCAGUACAUAUAAAAAGAAAAAGAUCGACUGUUCCACAUUCACGUGAUUAUGAAGAAAAAUACCGUUUAUUUCGAAGUCAUUUACCUCGACCUGAAGCUCAUGUUGGUCCCCAAAUCGAACUGCAUAUUAAUCGUAAAGAUGUUGUGGAAUCGUCAUUUCGAGCAAUAAUGAGCAUAAAAGAUGUUGAAGUAUUGAAAACACGACUUUGGAUAGUUUUCGAUGGUGAACAAGGUUUAGAUUAUGAUCGUUUAAGUCGUGAAUGGUUUUUAAUUCUUUCACGUGAAAUAUUUAACCCGUAUUAUGGUUUCUUUGAAUACAGUGCUCUUGAUAAUUACGCACUUCAAAUUAAUCCAUUAUCGGGUGUAUUUAAUGAAGAACAUAUAAAAUAUUUUCGUUUUAUUGGACGUAUUAUUGCUAUGACUAUAUAUCAUGAAAAAUUACUUGAAGGUUGA